UUAAACGAGCAAUUCCAUCUACGAUCUAUAAUUUAACGAAAUCUGCGGCUGACCUGGUAGAUUCACAAGUGAUACCUGAUCCUGACGUCUAUUUGGCCCUUCAACAGAGUGAAGAAUUUGUCCAACAAUAUUGUUAUAAACAGUGGUAUAAUGAGUGGGAAUAUCAUUGGCGUGGUGCGGCUACCGAACCAGACCAUGGUGAUGAACCAAAUGCUCAAGUUGGUGCUAAUGAAGAUUACAUAUUUUAUAAUAGGCAGGUUUCAGGUUUUGAUUUUGUGAAUUAUUUAAAGAAUAAACUUUCAGAUUCAAUUUUAAAUAAUCUAGAAACGACACAAUUAGUAAACCACAUACUUGAUCUAUUAGAAUCUGAAAGUAAAACAGCAAAUAGUCGCUGGCAUGAUAAUUUUAAAAAAUUUUAUUUGCAAGGUGACGAUGAAGACGUAAAUUUGGUAACUUCGCAUUGCGAUUUUUAUUAUACCGCCACAUCAGUUGAGGAUUGUGAGG